AUGGGCUCCUCGACCACCGGCGGCCUCGGCGGCGCCCUGGGCCACCUCUCGGCGCUCAUCUACGCCAGCACACCCACCAUCCUCUUGUGGACCUACAUCGUCUUCAGCUUCUUUUUCUACGUAGCCAUCCCCUCGAUCCUCCACGAGAUCCUCUGGUACAUCUACCUCGCCCUCCAGACCCUCACCGCCCUCUCGGUCUCGACCGAGGCCAUGCAGGCCAUCCGGCCCGCCGUCAAGGCCCGCCGCGCCGACCGAAAGGCGCGCAAGGAGGGCUGGGCCGAGCUGGAAAACGGGCAAGAGUGGCCGGCCAUUGACGUCGUCCUGGUGGCCUACCUGCCCAACGAGCAGGAGAUCAUCAUGCGCCAGAUCCGCUACGCGCUGCGCGAGAUCAACUACCCGACCAGCAAGCUCACCAUCAACGUCGUCUACAACACGCCCAAGCCCAUCGAGCCCGUCGAGUCCGAGCUGCGCGAAAUGGAGCGCGCCCACCCGCACCUCCGCGUCGUAAAGGUGCCCAACUCGACGUCCAAGGCCGACAACAUCAACCACUUCCUCACCCUCGACGGCUGCAAGGGCGACAUCAUCACCCUCUACGACACCGACCACUACCCGGACCCCAACGCGCUGCGCUGGGUGGCGCGCCGCUUCCUCGCCGGCGGCGUCGACAUCAUCCAGGGCCGCUGCUGCAUCUACAACUACGACGAGACCUGGGUCACGCGCCUCGUCGCCGCCGAGUUUGACAUGAUCUACGGCGUGAUGCACUCGGGCCGCGCCGAGGUGCAGGGCUACGGCUUCUUUGGCGGCUCCAACGGCCACUGGAACGCCUCGCUCCUCCGCACCCUGGGCAUGCAGAAGCAGAUGCUCACCGAGGACAUUGACAGCUCGCUGCGCGCCAUCAUCUCGGGAGCGCGCAUCGAGUACGACCUCAAGGUCAAGUCGUACGAGCUGGCGCCCGAGACGAUGCCCGCCCUCAUCAAGCAGCGCAUGCGCUGGGCCCAGGGCUGGACCCAGGUCGCCUUCCGCCACGCGCUGCCCGCCGUCCGCCGCGGCGCCUACAGCGACGACAACGGCUGGCGCUCGCGCCUCGGCCUCUUCCAGCUCCUCGUCUACCGCGAGCUCUACUUCUACAUCAACACGCAGCUCCUCAUGAUCCUCGUCACGUCGAUCAUCAUGUGCUUCCCCGGACGCGGCCUGAAGCAGUUUUUCCGCGAUUUCGGCGGCUUCGAGCUGUCAAUGUGGGCGCUGGGCGUCAACCUCAUCUGCCUCUUUAUCACCAUCUGCAUCACGCUGCGCAACCGCAGCAACUUUACGCGGCCGCUCGGCAUCAUUGCGUUUGGGCUGCUGACGCCCUUUUACUACAGCGGCGUGAGCUUCAUGAGCAUCUUUUGCCACUUCCGCGAGUUUAUCAAGUUUGAAAAGUGGAACCCGACGGCGCGGAGCAACAAGAAGCCGUAG